GAGCCCCUACAAAGCUGAGGACCUCCUCCACCACCACCACUACUACCACCACCAAAUCAUGGACCAGCCAGAGGAAUUGCAACCUCCACCUCAAACCCAUAUACAAGAGCCCUUCUCUCUCCCUUCGAUGCCCGAAAUUAUGGUUUUCAGAGACGAGGACGACGAAGAAGAAGACGAAGACAAACACGGCGACUCACCAAGCCCUAGCUCCUCCGAUGCCGACGACACCCAUCACCAGCACACCACCACCGCUACCGCCUCGUCCGCCGCUGCUGGCACAGUUCCCCCCGGCAUACACCAGCGUGCACCGGUCUACAUCAACCCUGAACCCCAUAUCUCCUCUCAAUUCUACACCUUCAACCGCGACUCCCAUGCUCUGAUGGUCCAGUGCAUUCUAGACCGACGCCUUGCUACGCCCGAAGAGAUCCGCUGCGCCACCCCUCGGGCUGUCCUCAAGAGCUGGCGCUCCGUCUGGAAGGACCGUAACGAGGACACCGCCUACCUCACGGCCUGGAAGCGCAUCCAAGACAAGCUCAAUGCUCACAUCGAUGUUCAAGGUAACGAGGUAUUGUAUUUCAAGAACAAUUCUCAGCAGUAUGUGUCUCAUAUUAAUCAGUGGCAAGACAUCGUCAUGAGCUUCCACGGUGAUGCCGAUCUCAAGCACCUAGGGCUGAAGGAGACCAUUGAACGAAUCAGGCAAGUUUGGACCGUAGGAGCCAAAUUCUACGGAAUUCCCGAAUCAUUUAUUAGGGUUUGUGUUGCGUCCUGUCCUGUUUGCUCCGAUGCUUCGGGGUCCGCUCCCAAGAGUAAACGCCGCAGAUUUGAGUACACGGAGUCGUUCGAUGUUCCUGCCAAGGAGGUCCCUCACCGUCUCCAGCAGCUGGCGGCGAAGCACAAGGUUGUCCUUUGUAUUCGUCAGAAGUAUAUCAGGUACAAACCCUUCAUGGCGGAGGUUAAAGAUUAUGCUUGUCAUCGGGCUGGGGAGCCUACGGCGAAGAAAUCGAGGAUUUUGAAGAGGGAGCCUUAUGCGUCGAAGCGGUGCGGUUGUGGGUUCCGGAUUAGGGCAAUUGUUCCGAUUGCAAACUAUAACGAGAAAGACAAGACAUUUGUGUAUCAGGAAGAGGGGAUGGCCGUGUUCAAGCUUUAUGCUGUACAUUCUGGGCAUGAACCAGGGCCGUUGGACGGAAACGCUAGGAUCAUACAUAGGGUUGUUGGGCAUAAAGGUGGAUUCUUGAUGGAUCAGGAUACUGUUUAUGGGUUGAAUGAGGAUACUGAGACGGAUGCAUUUGCCCUUGUGGCUAGGGACGAUGGUGAUUUUCAGCUUUCAGUUUUGCACCAGGUACAGGAACUUAGGGCUGAAAUUGGGCUGCUUGAGGGCAGAAUCACAAAAAUGCCGCAAGAGCUGUUGGGUUCGCUGUCUAGAGAACUGUCAGAAGUUGUGAAUAGGGUUAGGAGCAUUGGGGAGGAUGCAUCUAGACCAAUUGGAUUACUUCACGAUAAGCAGCAGGUGGAAGAUGUUUUGGUGGCAGAGAAUGAGCUUGCACAUUGGGGUGACCACCACCAUGAUCGGUUAUAUGGGGAUGGCAAGGACGCUGAGCUCAUUGAGGAUGAUGAUGAUAGUUUUGAACAGACAUUUGUGGAUGUUGCAUCUUGGGAUCGAAUGAGGACAGAAUGUAGGAGUAGAAAAUCUCUGAUGAAUGAUAACUGUAAAUCUGAUAAGUGGUUGAAGGAUGCUUGUGUUGAUUUCGAUGAGAAGAGCAUCCUCAAUUGUGAGGAUUCGAAGUUAAUUAAGCCCAUGAGGAUUGAUGGUACAAUUGAUGCGAGUCUUGUUGGUUUACAGGUAGACAGCUUCUACCCAGAUAAUUCUAAGUGGUAUGAUUCACCUUGCAGUUUGGAUCCUAGUACAGAUUGUGGAGAUAGUGGAUUCAGACAUGAGGAGAUCGUGUAAUUGUAGAGCAUAGUUAUAACUUUUGAAGUGAUGGCCAUUAGUUGGAAGUGGGAUUAUAAAUUAUGUACACUGAAGAUUGGAACCUACCGCACAUACUUUGGCAUCUUUACUGUUCGAUAGCUGUGUGGAGUAUCCCUUUUUGCUGCCUGCACAGGCUUCAUUAACUUUUCUAACCAUGUUGUCAGCCUUUGAUAUGCUAGACUUGGUUCUUGACAAUGCAUAUAAUUGACUUUUCUCCU